UACUAAACCCCCAUCACUUCCCCAACCGCAUUUUCCAGCGCAAUCACUUCUCAAAAAAUGGCCUCUCCGCCCACCCUCCUCCUCUCCGCCGCGCUCCUACUAACCUCCGCCUGGUGCGUACUAUCCCUCCAGCGCUGCCCAGACUGCGGCACCACCACCGUCCCCUACCCCCUCAGCACAUCCUCCACGUGCGGCGACCAGUCGUACAAGAUCCGCUGUUCCGCGGGCUCCCUCCUCUUCGACACCCUCAACAACUCCUACCCAAUCGAAUCCGUCUCCCCUGCCUCCCAGCGACUGGUCCUCCGCCCCUCCGCCUUCCUCCCCAACACCUGCAUCGCAACCGAUAUAGUCCACGAGGGCCUCCAGCUCAGCAACUCCCUCCCCUUCAACGUCACCAGCAGCAACACCAUCCUCUACCUCAACUGCACCGACACCCUCCUCCGAUCGCCGCUCAACUGCACGGCGUCGAGCCUCUGCCACACGUACAUCAAAGGCACCGGAUCGGUGGGCUCUUGCAAGGAAUCGCUGUGCUGCACGUUUCGGGCGGGCGGGUCGUCGACGUCGUACAUGAUCCGGGUCAGAGACUCGGGUUGCAGCGCGUACACCAGUUUCGUGAACUUGGAUCCGGGUUUGCCCGUUGACCGGUGGCCCGAACCGGGAGUGGAGCUACAGUGGGCAUCGCCAAGGGAGCCCGUGUGUGGGACGCAGGCGGAUUGUGAGGGGAUGUCCACUUGUGGGUCCGACCCUGCUGUCGCUGGGGUCAGAAGGUGCUUUUGCGACUCUGGCUUUACGUGGGACCCGGUUCAAGGCUUAUGCGUUGAUGAUAGCAUUGGUUCAAAGGACCGCACCGGACUAAUAGCAGGUUUAACUUGUGGGAUUGGUGCAACACUAAUCGCAGCCACCAUAGCCUUUCUACUCUACAAGCGCCACAGGCGCAUCAAAGAAGCACAAGCGCGCCUGACGAAAGAGCGCGAGGAUAUCCUAAAUGCCAACGGAGGCAGAGCCGCUAAAGUCUUCACCGGGAAUGAGAUCAAAAGAGCAACAAACAGCUUCUCCAAAGACCGGCUCCUAGGCGCUGGUGGAUACGGCGAAGUCUACCAAGGUACUCUUGUAGACGGCACUGUCGUGGCUGUCAAGAUUGCUAAGAUUGGAAACACCAAAGGCAUUGACCAAGUUCUCAACGAGGUCCGAAUUCUGUGCCAAGUUAACCACAAGAGCCUUGUCCACCUACUCGGCUGCUGCGUCGAGUUAGAGCAGCCUAUUCUGGUCUACGAGUACAUCGAGAAUGGAACCCUUCUCGAACAUCUGCAGGCUCGAAAACCUGGUGGCUGGAAACAUCUUUCGUGGAUGCAACGUCUCCAGAUUGCGCUUGACACGGCCGAGGGUCUUGCUUAUCUCCAUUUCUCAGCUGUCCCUCCAAUAUAUCACCGUGACGUGAAGUCUAGUAACAUUCUGCUUGAUGAGAGGCUGAAUGCCAAGGUUGCGGAUUUUGGGUUAUCGCGGUUGGCUCACACGGAUUUAAGUCACAUAUCAACGUGUGCUCAGGGAACUCUCGGAUAUCUUGAUCCCGAAUAUUAUAGGAAUUAUCAAUUGACGGACAAGAGUGAUGUUUAUAGCUUUGGAGUUGUGCUCUUGGAGCUGCUGACAUCUCAGAAAGCUAUAGACUUCAACAGGGAAGCGGAUGACGUGAACCUGGCAGUUUAUGCGCAGAGGAUGAUGUUGGAGGAGAGGUUGGUGGACGUGAUUGAUCCGUUGCUGAAAGAGGGAGCGAAUGCUUUGGAGCUGGACACGAUGAAGGCGUUGGGGCUCCUGGCGUUGGGUUGCUUGGAGGAGCGUAGACAGAACCGGCCUUCGAUGAAAGAAGUCACCGAGGAGAUUGAGUACAUUGCAAGCAUUGCCACAGCUAAGGCUGUAGAUACCUAGUUUUUGUUUACCAGAGUUCUGCUCUGUACAGCUUGAGGAGCAGGUUUUUUAACCCAAAUAAAGAGGCAGUUUUGCUCGCUGAAAUAGGAGUAUGUUUUUUUUUUAUGAUUUCAAGGUUUAGGGUUUAGUUACGUGUCUUAAAGAGUGGGCAUACCCAAAAAGAGGAGAAAGUAUGGUAUUCGUCUACAUCACUCGUCAUCUAUGUAUCAAUAGUUUACAACACAGUCAGUUACGUGAUAAGUGUCUCUUGCCGAAAUAAAGAGGAGGGUUUGCUUGUUGAAA